UGAUUAUUGCCACCUUCAUCACUUCCUCUUCUCUCAACAAUGGCAGAUUCAGAAAUCUCCACCCUUUUUUCUCCUUACAAUAUGGGAAAAUUCAACCUCUCUCACAGGGUGGUGUUGGCUCCCAUGACAAGAUGCAGAGCGUUGAAUGGGAUUCCUAACGCAGCGCAUACAGAGUACUACGCUCAGAGAUCAACUCCAGCUGGAUUUCUCAUCACUGAAGGCACUUCCAUCUCUCCCACUUCUUCUGGGUUUCCUCACGUGCCUGGAAUCUACACUGAUGAACAAGUGGAAGCAUGGAGAAGUGUUGUGGAUGCCGUGCACGCCAAAGGCAGCAUCAUCUUCUGUCAACUUUGGCAUGUUGGCCGUGCAUCAAACCCAGUGUAUCAGCCUGGUGGGGCUGCACCUAUAUCGUCCACCAGCAAACCCAUAUCAGAGAAGUGGAAGGUUUUCAUGCCAGAUGGGUCCCGUGGCGUGUUCUCAGUGCCUCAUGCACUUACCACUGCUGAAAUAUCUGAAGUAGUGGAGCAUUAUCGUCAAUCAGCAAUUAAUGCAAUUCGAGCAGGUUUUGAUGGAAUCGAGAUUCAUGGGGCACAUGGGUAUCUCAUCGAUCAAUUCUUGAAGGACGCAAUCAACGAUCGAACAGAUGAAUAUGGUGGAUCACUAGAAAACCGGUGCAGGUUCCUGAUGCAGGUGGUUGAAGCUGUUGUUUCUGCCAUUGGGGCAGAAAGAGUUGCUGUCCGAAUUUCACCAGCAAUUGAUCACAUGGAUGCCUUUGACUCUGACCCACUUGGGUUAGGCUUAGCAGUGAUUGAGAGACUGAACAAAUUGCAGAAAGAAAAGGGCACAAAACUGGCUUACCUUCAUGUUACUCAACCCCGAUUCACACUUCUUGAGAGAACCGUUCAAGAUAGGGAAGAGGAUAGUGUUGAUCUGAUGCAGAAGUGGAGAAAGGGUUAUGAGGGAACAUUGAUGUGCAGUGGUGGCUUUACUAGGGACUCAGGGAUGAAAGCUGUGGCUCAAGGCCUUGCUGACUUGGUUUCCUUUGGUCGUCUUUUCAUCUCUAAUCCAGACUUGGUUUCAAAGCUGAAGCUUAAUGCACCUCUCACCAACUACAACAGGAACACCUUUUACACUUCCGAUCCUGUCAUAGGUUACACAGAUUAUCCUUUCCUGCACAAACAAACUCAUAUGAAUUGAGUAUACCUAAGGAUAUGAUUGCUUUUAGUUUCUAGAUUAGAGUCAAUCUCCUUUAUUUUCUGUAAUUUGAAAAAAAAAAUGUUUUAAUGAAUUAUAUGUCCUUUACAUUCUA